AUGGGAAAACGUGGUUCGGUGUUAAGCCAAUUUCAAAAUUUUGAUGCAUACGCUAAAACUCUCGACGACUUUCGUGUUAAAACGUAUUAUGGAGCCGCACGUAUUGUUGAUGUAAUGGAUGUUGCAGGCGAGACACAAAAUGAUCUCACUCAUGACAUUUAUAAGACUCGAUUAGAUGCUGAUGGAACCCCCAUUCAUAUUGAGAAAGCCACAGGUAUGAUUAGAGAUCCCACAAAAGAUAUAGUAAAGAUUGUCAAUAGUACAGCACCAGGCGGUGAUGCAUAUUGCGGUAGUUGUUAUGGCGGGGUAAUUCCAGAAAGUGGAUGUUGUAAUACAUGUGAUGAAGUUCGUGAGGCUUAUAUUAAGAGUGGAUGGUCUUUCAACAACCCCGAUGAAAUUGAACAGUGUGUUAGAGAAGGCUGGAAAGAAAAAGUAGCUGAACAAUCAAAAGAAGGUUGUAAUGUGGCUGGUAGUGUCAAAGUAAACAAAGUAGCUGGAAACUUUCAUCUUGCACCUGGCAAAAGUUUUGAGCAAAAUCAUGUUCAUGUUCAUGAUUUACAACCAUUUUUAAGUGAUGGUGUUCAUCAUGAUUUUACACAUGAAAUUCAUCAUUUGAGUUUUGGACCUAAAGUUGAUGGUGUGGUGAAUCCUUUGGAUGGUGUUAGCGGAACUGUCACUACAG